AGAGCGCUGAAGUUACUAGAUGACUGUUUGUUUGAAAUGGAUGGUAAUAUUGUGGUUCGAAACAGUCACCAGAACAUGCUUCACUUGGCAUAUCACAAGAAUGCACUCAUUCAUACUUUGUCGAUCCAUUCUGCAGUCGCUCUUGCGGCGUUAACACUACGUAGUUUGCAAUGUACUGAAGCAUUGCUGAUCGAAAUAUCGUGGCUGAUAUGUGAUUUACUUCAAUAUGAAUUCCUUUUUUGUAAGCCAUGUGAAAAUUUACGUGAACGAAUCAAGCGAGUGAUUGAAGGAAUGAAGAACGAUGGAUUGCUGAAAGCUGUUGAGGGAGAUCACUUAGAUGCUUCUUGGAACAUUUUGAUACCUGAUAGUGAUGCUGAAUGCAAGCUUCUGUUCUACUCAAAUCUGUUGCGUCCCUUUCUCCAGUCAAUCUAUAUCGUUCUUCAGAAGCUGAUAGCCCUGACAACACCGUUUGAAGGCAAAGGUGCUGACUUUGUUCGGGAUAUAUUGUCGCGAGCACAUUCACCUAUCGUCACUCCGUUCGCUUUGCUAAAUGAGGCGUUGAAUGCAGAUUCGUUUAGUAAUGCUCUGAGAUUAUUUCACGAGAAGAAAGUUCUCGCCGAAGCGCCAACUGUCGGAUUGGCGAAUGUCGAGCAAGCCAAUGAACUCUUAAAAACGCUCGACACUUUUCUUCGUGAUUCCAAAUAG